UUAGUUUUUUUCAGAAAAGUUGUGCUCUGGCUCUGAAUCUCUCUUUUUCCACCUCUCUCCCUCUCGCUCCGUGACUUCCAGAUGCUGCUGCUGCUGUUGCUGAGUGUUGCGCCCGUUGUGACCUUGUCUGAAGCCGUGGGGAUGGAGCCUCCCAGAGCAGCCGGUCUACGGGAGUCGUCCCUCAAUGACGGCGUGGUGGACACGGCAAACGAGUCUUCGGAGGAGGAGUCUGCCGGGGAGAGGGAGGAGGGGGCCGGGGGGGAGAGGGAGGAGGGGGAGGAGGGGGCCGGUGCAGGUGAUGAAGACCCUGCUGAGCGGACCACAAGCACAGCAACAGUGAACGCCCGGCGGCCGAACUCCCUCCCGGUGGCGGCGGCUGUAGCAGGAGGAGGAGGAGGGGGGCGUGGCCUGUGGACGUCCCAGAGGCACGCCGAGGUGACCCUGAGGAUGGGGGACUCGGGCCUGGCCGCCGAGACGCCGCUGACCGUCGGCCAGAUGUUCGGCUCGGCCGUGGAGCGCUUCGCCGAGCACACGGCGCUCAGCUGGAAGGACGGCGAGCGGCAGCAGAGCCUCAACUACAGAGAAUACUACCAGACGUGCCGCGCCGCCGCCAAGAGCUUCCUCAAGCUCGGUCUGCAGCGCUGCCACAGCGUCGGCAUCCUGGGCUUCAACUCGCCCGAGUGGUUCAUCUCUGACAUCGCAGCCGUGUUGGCGGGCGGGUUCGCCGUCGGCAUCUACACCACCAACUCUCCGGAGGCAUGCCAGUACGUAGCGGACAACAGCAAGGCCAACAUCCUCGUGGUGGAGAACCACAAACAGCUGCAGAAGAUCCUUCAGGUUGAAGACAAGCUGCCGCACCUGAAAGCCAUCGUCCAGUACAAAGAUGCCCUCAAAGAGAAAAGACCAAAUCUGUACUCGUGGGCGGAGUUCAUGGAGCUGGGGCGCGACGAGCCCGACGAGCCGCUCGACGCCAUCGUCUCCAGCCAGAAGCCCAACCAGUGCUGCACCCUCAUCUACACCUCGGGGACCACGGGCCAGCCCAAAGGAGUCAUGCUGAGCCACGACAACAUCACGUGGACGGCGCUCUCCAUCAGCCACCACGUGGGUCUGAAGGACGCCACUCGCUCUCAGGAGCAGGUGGUCAGCUACCUGCCGCUCAGCCACAUCGCGGCCCAGAUGGUCGACAUGUGGGUCACCAUGAGGGUCGGAGGGGCGACCCACUUCGCCCAGCCGGACGCGCUGAAGGGCUCUCUGGUGACCACGCUGAAGGAAGUGCGCCCCACGGCCUUCAUGGGCGUCCCGCGCGUCUGGGAGAAGAUGCAGGAGAAGAUGAAGUCCGUCGGCGCCAAGUCUUCCACCGUGCGCAGGAAACUGGCCAUCUGGGCCAAAGACGUCGGCCUGCAGACCAAUCUGACCAAAAUGAACCAAGGCGGAGCCGCCGCUGGCCGCACGCCGCUCAGCUACCAGUUAGCCAAAAAGCUGGUGUUCAAAAAGGUGCGCAAGGCCCUGGGCCUGGACCGCUGCAGCCGGUGCUACACGGGCGCCGCCCCCAUCACCAAAAACACCCUGGAGUUCUUCCUCAGCCUGGACAUCCCCGUGUACGAGCUGUACGGCAUGAGCGAGAGCAGCGGGCCUCACACCAUCUCCACCCCCGAGGCCUUCAAGCUCACCAGCUGCGGCAAAGAGAUCCCGGGCUGCGAGACGAAGCUGCACAACCCGGACAAGGAGGGCAACGGCGAGAUCUGCUUCUGGGGCCGCCACGUCUUCAUGGGGUACCUCAACAUGGCCGAGCGGACGAAGGAGGCCCUGGACGACGACGGCUGGCUGCACUCCGGGGACCUCGGCAAACACGACGAGGGCGGGUUCCUCUUCAUCACCGGGAGAAUCAAAGAGCUGAUCAUCACGGCGGGAGGAGAGAACAUCCCUCCGGUUCCCACCGAGGACGCCGUGAAGGAGGCGGUGCCGCUGAUCAGCAACGCCAUGCUGAUCGGAGACAAGAGGAAGUUUCUGUCCAUGCUGCUCACCGUCAAGUGCCAGAUAAACCCAGAGUCGGGCGACUCAGAGGACGAGCUGACACCAGAAGCCAUCGAGUUCUGCAGGAAGUUGGGCAGCAACGAGCCCAGAUCUGCAGAGUCAUGGUCGAUGACAUCGAGUCGACCGCGAGGAGUGAAGCGAGUUCUGAGCCUUUACCGAGCGUUCCUCUCGUCUUCCUCAGGCCCGACGAUGAAGCUGAAGAGGCCGGUGGUGGCGAAGAUGUACAAGGAGCAGAUCGAGAACUUUUACAAGGAGUCGGCGACCCCGACGACCCCCGACAACCCGCCGCCUCCAAAAUAAGAGCCUAGAGCUCCUCCCCCUCCAGACGCGCCUCGGUCAGCCAUUUUUAUCUCGUACAUUUGUUCGUCUGCCUUAAGUUACGUCGUUCUGUCUCGGUUUACAUUUGAAAAUAAGAUAUCGUAAAAUAAAAAGCUUUAUGAUUUUUGAAGACGGUUCAAUAAGUCGGUCGACUCUGGACGAUGAUUUCCGACACGUGAAGUAUCGGCAGCUGGAGGCGGAGAGACGUCGGCGCUUUAUUCUUGUUACUGCUUUUCUUGAGCCGCGAGACGGAAUUACAUUUUUUUAAAGUCGAUGGGAUGUUUUUUUUAAGAAUUGUUGAACAUGUUUUUCUUUAUUUAUUUCUGGUUUGCCAAAGUUUACGUGAACUCCAGAUGAAGAAUUACCUUGAGAAAAGAUUCCAUUUGCAAUACAGCGAUCAUAUCUGCAGAUGUUUUCGGGCAUUUUACGUGUUUUUGGUGUUUUUCUUCUCAUCUCCGUCAGCUCGGUUUCAAAGAACAUUUUGUUGUUGUUGUUUACAAGGUUAUCAACAAAAAAAAAGACAACAAUUUCUGGUAGUUUCAGUUAGAAAAGUUAUUGAAAUCCACCUCAUAACUUUAGUUUUUCAUGCUGUGAAACAUCAUUGAAGCCAUAUAUCUAUAUCUAUACAUCUAUCUAUUGUCUUUUGUAAUUGUAAAGUCACUGUUGAAAGUCCUUCUGUGAUUUUUUUGUGGAAUAUUGUAAAUAUGCAUUUGUUUAUUAUCAUCUUUUUUGUGUGCAAUUCAUCUUUUCCACACAUUUUAUUUUGAAAAUCUCAUGAAUUAUAAUUGUUUUGCACUCAAAAGACUUACUUGGAAUGGGAAAUGUACAAAAGUAAAACAUGACGUAAACGUUUGAGGUCUUUAACCCUUAAAGACGUUCAACAGAGAAAACGGGUUAAAAAAGGAAGUGAAAGAGUUUGUCGUCCUCAGAGCCGAUUGUAAAUGAAGUAAAGGUGUAUAUUACGGGCGCAUCGUCAGGGCAACGUGAAGGUGGGCUCAGAGUAACUUAAAGUUCAGGGUAAAUGAAACAGUUCUGACGUGUGUGUCGUUGAAUAAGGGAAUGACGGUGACCUCACCCGACCUCAAAGAGUCUCGUUUGACCUUCAGGGUGAAAUAUGAACGAAGGAGAAGAAACAAGUUUGUUUCUGUCCAGAGACGUGAAUGUUUGACUGUUUGAUCAGCUACGAAUAAAAGAGUUGAAUACGCUGCUGAA